AAGCUCCGCUACAAAUAUCUGGCACCGCAGCUCGUCAUCCGUCAUUCUGCAUUCCGCAUCCAAGUCGCGAUGCCUCGCGAGUGCAAGUUCCACGAGUGGAACCAGCGCUUCAAGGCCACUCUCCACAAGGAAUCCAAGGCGCUUGCCAUCGCCCCUCCGUCAGAAGAUGUUCGUACAGCUGGCAUCGCAGUGCACGGACCCGACGGGCGAAUCAAAGUGGACGUGGCCGAAGAGGAAGAAAUCGACUUGGACGCGCUACGCCGCAGAUCCAGGAGCACCAUCGACGAGGAGGACGAUCUCCUGUUGGAAAGAGCCUCACUCAAUGGCCCGCCACAACUGAACAUCUGCAUUAUGAUCGUCGGGACCAGAGGAGACGUGCAGCCCUUCCUAGCCAUCGCUCAGCGUCUGCAACAAGACGGACAUCGCGUGAGACUCGCCACCCACGCUAUCUAUCGAGACUUUGUAACGAGUUAUGGGGUAGAAUUCUACCCUUUAGGCGGCGAUCCCAAGGAAUUAGCAGCCUAUAUGGUCAAAACCGGCGGCCAUCUCAUCCCAACUAAAGUCGAGACGAUACAGAAGGACGUACCGCGGAACUUACAGAUGAUCGACGAGAUUCUCCACUCUACGUGGCCAGCCGUGUCUGCUGCAGACCCGGAAGGAGGGGGUCCAGGUGUGAAGGGCAAGCCAUUCAGAGCUCAAGCUAUUAUCUCGAAUCCCGUCACGUACGGCCACAUUCACGUGGCUGAGCGCCUGGGAGUACCUCUGCAUAUAAUGUUCCCACAGCCGUGGGUGCCUACAACAGCGUUCCCUCAUCCACUGGCCAAUAUGCCGUACACUGGCAAGGCACAGAAGAGGAAUUAUCUAUCCUACAAGCUCGUGGAUUUGCUCAUGUGGCAAGGAACUGAAGGAAUCGUCAACGAAUUCCGCACUGAAGUGUUGGGAUUGCGUAAGAUCCGCAAAGGUGACGGUGGACGUGAUAUUCUGCUGGACCUGCAUAUUCCUCAUGCGUUUAUGUGGAGUCCGGAGCUGGUUCCGAAGCCGAAAGACUGGGGAGAUCUCUAUGAUGUGGUGGGGACUGUGGUGCUCAAAGGAACGGCGUCGUCGUACACACCGACGCCAGAGCUGGAGGCGUUUUUGGGCACUGACGAAGGUCCGAUCUUCGUGGGCUUUGGCUCGAUGGUGCUGGAAGACCCGAAAGCCACGACGAAGAUGAUCAUUGAGGCUGCAAAACAAGCCAAUGUGCGUGUAUUGAUUCAGUCGAGCUGGAGUGACAUGGCUGGAGACUUGACGAUCCCUGAUAACAUUUUCUUCCUGGGUAAUUGCCCACACGACUGGCUGAUGCCCCGUGUGAGUGCUGUGGUUCAUCAUGGAGGAGCAGGCACGACAGCAGCGGGUCUACUGGCAGGGAAACCGACGUUCAUCGUCCCGUUCUUCGGAGACCAGCCGUUCUGGGGCUGGGCUGUGCAGCGAGCAGGUGUAGGCGUGACGCCAUGUCCGAUCGAGGAGCUGACGACGGAGAAACUGCGUGCAGCAUUUGAAAGUCUACAAAGCACUGAGAUGCGCAGUCGAGCACUGGGAAUUCAACAGAAAAUGCAGCAGGAGGACGGUGCGGAAGAAGCAGUUCGCUGUUUCUACCGCCAUUUACCGGUACAAGACAUGCGCUGCGAUCUGGAUCAUGUUCGAGUGGCGACCAAGUGGUGUCGGAAGAACAAACUGAAGCUCUGUGAGGUCUGUGACUUUGUGAUCGCCUCGCAACCGCAGAACUUCGCGAGAAAGGUAGUAGACUAUCAUUUCGUGGACUAUACGGCUCGUGGACCGGCUCAUGGCUUUGCAGGGGCAUCGGCAGGUGCAGCAGCGUUUUUCCACGAGUUGGGCGGUGCGUUUAAAGAUGUGGUAGUGAAACCUGCUAGAGGAUUCCGUGAAGAAGGCCCCAAAGGAGCGGUGAUUGGAGUCGUGAAAGGUGUGAGUGGACUCGUGAUCCGCCCAGUGCAUGGCGUUGCGUUGUUCGCUGAUCAUAUUGCAGCAGGCCAUGCGAAUUACUUCAAUGAAACCGGUCGCAGGAAGCGUGGAAGUGUGUUCGACAAGACGUUCAUGGCGGCUUUAGGGAAGGAGAACGGUCUGAUUGACUCGUACACGUCGGGAGGCAGCACUGAAGAGAUCGAGACGCACCGAUGCAUUGGCCCCAAGAGAGAAGUGCGCAGGAAAGUGGAGCUAAACGUGUCGGAUGAAGAUAAACUGAAGUAUCAAGCGCGAUUCCGUGAGAUCAUGAGCGAGAAGGAGAAUCAUCGAGAUUCUCUUGACCGCAUUGAUCGGAACUCCUCAGUUUCAUCCAACGGUUCGGACGCUGAGAGUGAAUCAUCACCGAGAGAAGGGAUAUCCAUUCUCUCUGCGGACUUUACAGCGACAGGCAAUAUCGGCGUCAAGUUUAACGUCGGACCUAAAUCGCCCGACACUAUCAGCGAGUCGAAGAUCGAGGAGUGGCGUCAGUAUUCCAAGCUGCAGAGGGUCAAGUCGGAGCGUAUUCUCAAGAUCUUCUUGGGCACUACAGUGCCGUCGAUGAACAUUUGUCUUGCGACUAUCGGCACAUGGGAUAACAACGUCAAGCAGCUUGUCGCGAUUGGUAUGCGGAUGGCUGCUGAUGGUCAUCGUGUUCGGGUUGCAGCCAAUGAAGAGUUCCGAGCGGAUAUCGUUGAACGCGGCUUGGAGUUCUACCCGCUGGCUGGCGCCGUAAAGAACAUCCACGACUUUAUCAAGUAUCUGCAUGACACGAAGAAUGCGAACGUCAUCCAGAAGCACAAGGCUGGUCGUCCUGUUCUAGGCCCUUUCAAGGAUCUCGUGUACUCUUUGUGGCCUGCAGCGAAUGGCGCUGAUCCGCACGGUCGCGGCCAAAACAUUCCUGGAGAGCAUUUCCGAGCAGAUGCCUUGUUCUGGCAUCCGCUGCUGUUUGGUCACAUCCAUAUAGCAGAACGACUGGGGAUUCCUCUCCAGUGCUUUAGUUUGGUGCCGUUAUCUCCGACUUUUGCGAUGCCUCAUGUGUUGAGUGCGUUCCUCAUGGACGAUAUCAGUCAACUUGGUCGAGAGUUCAAGAAGACGAACUGGUUAUCAUACGGGGUGGUGGAUACGGUGCUGUGGCGAGGGAUGGAAGACAUCUUGAAUGAUUUUCGAGAGCGCAUUGGGCUCAGAGGACACUGCCAUCAGGCUAGUCCUCUGGUGGAAUGGCGUAUUCCUCACGUGUACCUCUGGAAUCCCUCAUUGUUACAGCGUCCAGUGGAUUGGGGACGAGAGCUCAGUGUGGCAGGCUACGUGACGCUCAAAGACGAGCGCGAAAUGGAAAAGAUGCGCAAAUUCAAGUGGAGUCGAUCUCUGAACGAUUUUACACUGGAAACUUGCAACCCCGUCCUCUACUUUGGAGUGUCAACGUACUGCUUGGAGUCACUACAGAUCGAUCAACUGUUGCGCCAGAUUGACGAAGCGGCCGAGCAGGCCAACGUUAAAAUCAUCUUCCAAGCGCGUGAAGGGCGAUCCGGUCGUUCACUUUACCACUCGGAGAAUAUUUACGAAGUGGAGAGUGAUUUCCCGUAUUCUCUGAUCCUUCGCAAGGUGGCGGCUACGAUCCACUGGGGUGAGCCUGCUAUCGUGGAAGAGGGACUUGCAGCGGGCAAGCCGGUUGGAAUCUGCGUGAGUGUAUCGUCCCAGUACUACGCGGCCUGUAUGUGUGUGACUGCAGGUGUCGGCAUCCCGCCUAUUGAUCUGAGGAAAUGCACAGUCGAGUCGUUGGUCUCGUCCUUCAAGCACAUUCUACAACCUGAAAUUCGAGAUAAAGCACAAGAAGUUUCCCAGACUUUUCAACCCAAACAAGCACUCGAGAAGGCCGUCGAGAGCUUCUACAUGAACCUGCCGUUACGAGCGAUGCGCUGCGAUAUCGACAAAGACAAGGUCGCUCGUAUCUACGACCCUCGACUGGAGCUGAAGCUCUCGUUUGAAGCUUACAUUGCCAUCCAGCCGCUUCGAACUCACGACGACACAGACGAUGUGUCGUACAAACCUUUGUGGUACGAUGGCCGCCGUCCUGCUAAGUUUUCGCUUCGAGACAUCGCUGGAGAUCACGAGCCGCUUGAUCAGAAGCCGAUCCACGGAUUGGAAUCAAUUCGAAAGGCUCUCACGUCGUUCGCGUCUCAUGAAUCAACGGACUCAGCACCUGAAGCUCCUAGAUCUGUACUGUCUAGACUAACAAGUCGAGUUGCUAUGGUGGUGGAGAAGCCACAGUACUGGUCAACACCGGAGCAGGAAGUUAUUGAGAGUAAAGCGAUCGUGGCGGCGUACGAGAGAGCACUUCAACAGCGAGCGACGCAGCAGCCAAAGUCAAAACCGCGGAAAAGGUCGAUGCACCAUUAACCUGCUGUCACCAAGGAGAGCAUCCAAAUAGAGACUAAUGUACGAGCUGACGUGGCAGUCCAUCGACUUCAGAGGUUAGUACAUAUACCAGUUCGACGAAGACUCCGUCAGUGCCGUCUGGGAAAAAUACACCAUAUUCAAGGUGGCUUGUGCUGGAUGUGUCGGAUUCUAGAAUGAGAAAACGUGUUCUCGAUUUCGAAGGUGUUGCGAGAGAAGAAGCAUUGGAAAUUGCCGUUCGUGAGAAGAAGAUUGGUUUGCCAUAUCGGAGACUCUGACCCAAGAGCGACGGCGAUUUAUAUUCUUCUGCCUUGCUAGAAGGCUACCGACGGUAGUACCGUGGGGUAACUUCCGUUGACGAAAACGUCGUCAACGUGUACUCUCCCACUGUAUCCUAUCACGUGUGCACAAGAUAGUCGGGACACGGGACCCUCGUGCCCUCUUUGCCGCGCCCAAAGACCUAUGUCGAAGGAUCAACUGUGUUCGCAGUAUACAAUCAUAAUAACACAUAACGCUUGGAGUCGAAGGCCUUGAGUGCGAUUGACACACAUGACGACUCGUCAUUGACGAGGAAGCAACAAAAGGUUCUCGAUCACACUUGGAUACCUUGAGGGUAGUACCUUUAAAAAAGGUUAAAGUGGAUCACGAGAUCAAGUCAACUGCAUUCAUAAAGGAUAUGGCUACUGUAGCUCAUCGUUGAUUCCGUGGACAGCUAGUAACUCGAGUCUGCACAAUCAUUUAUCGUCCCAAACAAACUUAAUAGAGCAAUGAUAGCGGGCCAACGUGCAUGAGUGCUGUUUUUUUUUUUCUCUUCAUGGCCACACGGGCAGCUAUUUAUUUUCAUUUUAUACAAUAGUAAUCAUGUUGAGUUCGAAUAAAAUCUACCG